AUGUCAUCUAAAGUAGACCGCACAGUAAUUCCUAAAAUCAAAUUCACAAGGGAUGAAGAUGAACGCCUUACCAAUAUCAUUGAAAAGAUUGGAACACAAGACUGGGAACUCAUUGCGCAUGAAAUGAAGAAUCGAACUCCCAGGCAAUGCAGAGAACGUUGGAUCAAUUACAUAUCCCCUGGACUUAGUAAUGGACCUUGGACCGCUGAUGAAGAUAAACUUCUUGAUGAACUUUAUACUGAAUUCGGUUCUAGGUGGCACAAAAUUGCGGAAUAUUUUCCUAAUAGAUCUGGAAACUGCAUCAGAAACAGAUAUAAACUCAGACAAAGUCAUGCCCAAAAGCAGCCUUCUGUUGAAGCCGUUUCUUCUGUAAAACCAAUUAUUGAUCAACCGCUUUAUUCAGAAUUUGAUGAAAAGGUUCUUCAAACAAUCAUAUCACCUCCAACUGACACAUUUAUUGACCUCUUCAAAUUUGACAAAAAUACUAUUGACGAAAUUUUUGCCAUGGAAUUGUAG